AUGCUUUCAAACGUUUCUCUCUUUAAAGACAAUAUAUUAAGAUUUUUAGUCCACCUUCCAGAGGGCCUAUGCUCUCCACCUGAUCUCAACCUCACUCCACCUGGUAUUGUUACAAAAUUGGACGCCUUCCACAGACCCAAAAUUAACUGGAGGUUGAGCUUUUUUCUUUCAGCUUUUCAUCUUUCAAAAAUGACGGGUGAACGCCUUCUGUGCUUAUGUUGCUCUAAGAAGAACCAGUGUUUCUGUAAAAAAUGUACUUUGGAGAAAUUAAAAUUUUACUCACGUAAGGAGAAUAUCUCAAUACGGUCAACACGAAAAUCUGAGCUAGAAAAAGAAGUUGAUAGCAUGCUUGGAGAGACGGUUAGUUUCAAAUUCUGGUUAUCGCAGUAUUUUAGUUCAUGUCGUUAUGAUCUUUUUCUUUUGAAUUCCUCCCAGUUAGAAUUCAGCCGAGUUGCUCUCCGAUUUCUUGUGCGCGAUAACUUCCUGUCGGAUGGAGCGCGAGAGAGACUUGGGGCUGCUCUCUCAGACUCACUUUUGAAUCUCACUACCGAACUACGCUCACCGUUUGCUGCUUUUCUGCUUUCGUUACAACUUGUUAAUAACAUGGCGACAAUUUUCGACUUCCGAUUACCUUAUCUUUUAUCAUAUCGUGACGUUUCUUUGAGGGAGCGAUGGAGUCGAGAACUAUUGGAUAAUGACUGGUUCAAAUUUUGUCAGUCUGUACUGUCGCUAGGUUUACAAUUGGGAAUGCCCCCUGAAAGCCUUCACUUCAAUUAUCCUCAUGCAAAUAUUAUUGAGCAAACACGGUUUGUUCUGGAGGGUGCUCUUAUCACGACUUCUCGACCUGUCUGCCCCACCACGAUAUGA